AUCUUCGUCGUUACAUCAGUGUUGAGGUUGGUGGGGUGUUACUUAAGAGGGAAGGUGCUGAUAGGUGCUGUAGUCAGAUUGAAGUUAUUUGCUAAGGUAGUGAAGGAUACUCGUGAGCCAUGGACCAACCUGUGAAGCUGUUUCGUAUGGCUGAAGUUGCGAAGUGCAAUGACAGUAAACAGACUUAUAUUGUGAUACACAAUGCUGUGUACGACGUAACUGCCUUUUUAAAUGAGCACCCAGGUGGUGAAGAAGUUUUAUUGGAUCAAGCUGGGAAAGAUGGUACUGAAGCAUUUGAAGAUGUUGGCCAUUCUACUGAUGCAAGGGACAUGAUGACUAAGUACAAAAUUGGUGAACUAGUGGAGGAAGAUCGUGUUGAAACAAAAGUAAAACCUCCAGUGAACUGGGAUACUGAUAAGGAAACGAGUAACAGUUCUUGGAAAUCGUGGAUCAUCCCUGUUGCAUUGGGAGUUGUGGCAACAAUUUUGUACAGAUCAUAUUUUAUAGCACAGGGUCACUAACCCUAAUGUACCUUUUCAUAUGAAGAAAUGGAUGGAUGUUUAAAAUAUACAAGGGAGUUACUUGUUCUUCAUGGAGAUAAUUUAGUAGAAUAUCCAGUGAAGAGUGAGUGAGCGUUUCUGAGAGUAUCUGUAACAAACAAUAAAAAAAAAAAAAUACACAAUA